UCAGUGUUCUUGUGUCUGUGUGUCCUGCAGGAUGGCAGCAGCAGCAGCAGCAGCAGCAUUCUUCAAAUAUCUGCUCUCCAUUAAGAACGAGCUGAUCCUCUUCUGUGCUCCGUUUCUUCUUCUUCCUCUGCCUCUCGUCAUCGGGACUCCGCAAGCAGAAUGUGCUUAUGUGAUCGUCCUGAUGGCCGUGUACUGGUGCACCGAGGUUCUUCCUCUGGCCGUCACCGCCCUCCUGCCUGCGCUCCUGUUCCCUCUGUUUGGCAUCAUGCAGUCUAAAGACGUGUGUAUGCAGUACCUGAAGGACACAAACCUGCUCUUCGUUGGGGGGCUGAUGGUCGCCGUCGCCGUGGAGCACUGGAACCUUCACAAGCGCAUUGCCCUGAGGGUGCUCCUUUUUGUCGGCGUGCGUCCAGCACUUUUGAUGUUGGGUUUUAUGGGCGUGACGGCCUUCUUGUCCAUGUGGAUCAGUAACACGGCCACCACGGCCAUGAUGGUGCCCAUCGUCCAGGCUGUGCUGCAGCAGCUGAGCAACAGUGAGGCGGAGGUUCCUCAGAUCCUCAGCACGGACGAGCAGCUGCAGACAGCAGAGGGCGACAGCAAGCAACUGCCACUCACCGAGAAACAGAGCGAGGGGCAAGGCCAAGUGGUGGUGACUUUCUUAGACACCGCAGUGGAGGCUGCCAAACAGAAGGAGGCAGCAGAGAGGCAGAAAAUGUGCAAAGGCAUGACCCUCUGUAUCUGCUACGCUGCUAGCAUCGGAGGAACUGCCACACUCACGGGAACUGGACCCAAUCUGGUGCUGAAAGGCCAAAUGAACCAACUGUUUCCUGAGAAUGGAGACGUGAUAAACUUUGCCUCCUGGUUCGGCUUCGCCUUCCCCAACAUGAUCCUCAUGCUCACGCUGGCCUGGCUCUGGCUGCAGUUUGUCUUCAUGGGAUUCAACUUUAAGAAGACGUGGGGCUGUGGAGCUGUGAAGACAGAGAAGGACAUCGCCGCCUAUAAUGUGAUCCGUCAGGAGCAUCGUCUGCUCGGGCCCAUGUCCUUCGGUGAGAUCAGUGUCCUGGGUCUCUUCACUCUGCUGGUGGUCUUGUGGUUCACCAGGGACCCGGGCUUCGUCGACGGCUGGGCGACGUAUCUCUUCAACUCCCAAGCAGAGUACGUGACAGAUGCCACCGUGGCCAUCUUCAUCGCCGUGCUCCUCUUCGUCCUGCCCUCAAAGGCUCCAGGUUUCUGCUCACGGAGGAAUCGCAGUUUUGACACAGUUCCUCAUGAGAGCGUUGGGCCGACUCCGCCUCUGCUCACGUGGAAAGUCGUGCAGAAGAAGUUACCGUGGGGCAUCGUUCUCCUGCUCGGAGGAGGUUUCGCUCUGGCCAAAGGCAGCGAAGUUUCGGGACUCUCGGCGUGGAUGGGCGAUCAAAUGACUCCUCUGAAAACCAUCCCUCCCUGGGCAAUUGCUAUCAUUUUGUGUCUGCUGAUUGCUACCUUCACUGAGUGCACGAGUAACGUCGCCACGGCAACGCUCUUCCUACCUGUCCUAGCCUCAAUGUCUCAGUCCAUCGGCAUGAACCCGCUCUACGUCAUGGUGCCGUGUACGCUGAGCGCCUCGUUCGCCUUCAUGCUGCCUGUGGCCACGCCGCCCAAUGCCAUCGUCUUCUCGUACGGAUACCUCAAGGUCUCUGACAUGGCCAGAACAGGAAUAGUCAUGAACAUCAUCGGGAUCCUGUGCAUCACGCUGGCCAUUAACAGCUGGGGCAGAGCCAUGUUUGAGCUGGAUUCGUUCCCCACCUGGGCCAACGUGACGGGUGUGUGAGCCUGGUUCCACCUGAGGAGAUGAUCCAUGCACAGCUGGCCUCCCACCAGGCUCCUCCCACCAGGCUCCUCCCACCAAUCCUCCCACACACGAAAAACAACGGCAGCGUGCGGCGGCGCAGUGCGUCGCAUCGCUGUGAGGACACGGGCCACACGAGGCUGCUUUUCUUUGACUGGUUGCUUGUGAAAGAACGAGGUGAUUAUUACGAGAAGAGAGAGAGAGAGCAGUUUAAAACUUUAACUUUAAUGUUUUUUUACUCAUAUACUGCAACAAAACUACACUUUAGAGCCAUGGUAACACUUUACUAUAAGAGUAUGUCACUUCAUAGUUAGUAAAUUUCAGGUUAAUAAAGGUUUUAAUUCAUACAUUAUUCAAGGAUUCAUAAAGCUACUGCUAACGUCAGUUAAGUGUCACUAAAUAAGCAUACUUAACUAUAAUUAAGCAUUUAUUAACCAUUAUUAAACAACCACAACAUUCGUGGAACAUGUUUGUAUAAGGGUCACAAUUAAGGGUGAUAAAGGUUAUAAAUAAUGCUUAUUCUGUACUCCUGUACAUUUAUGAAGUCAUAGCUAAGUAUAACGUAUGUUUUACACUUUACAAUAGUUGUCACAAGUAACACGUUCUUAUAGUUAAUUACAGUUAACUAAGGAUUAUUUUGUGCUAACAACUUGCUAACGUGUAAACCUUUAAUAAAUGUGAAAGACAUUUAUGUGACUUAAAGCUUUAAUUACUGUUAGUUCACAUUUAUUACUGACAACAGUGGCUUUAUACACCCUUUAAUAACAUAUUAAGAAAUGGUGAGUUAAUAAUAAUUAAUUAACUGUUAGUAAAACAGCAUUAAUAAUGUUAUUUAAUGUACUGUUAUUGUAAAGUGUUACCCAAAGAUCCCUUAUAUGAAUUGUUAAAAUGAUAUAUUGUGUUAAUAUUUACAUCCAGAAAUAAAGAGACUAUUUUAGAGACACCUCAUGUACGGUUAUUAUUUUUUUAAUUAAGGGAAAUUAAACGUAGAUCAAAUUAGGUCCAAAAUUUAUCAUAGCAUUA